GUGUUACCAUAUUUACCAACUUUUGGGUAGAUGUACUAACUACACUCAUAUAUUAUUUAUUCUGUAUCUACAAAGUUUUUUGGUUUAUUGGUCUCUGGUGUUUUGCGUUUACAACUUGGUUUACGUACAUUCUAUAGUACAUGUACAUUUUGCAAAAUUGUUGCUUUGUUUCGUUAUUGGUGGUUGACCAAGGAAUAAAAAAUUACAUUUGCAAUUUACAAUUCCCAAAAAAGUUCUGGGUCAAUUGAUAUCUAACAGCAAUGUUUAUGUUUUUUUAUUACCUUUGGCCGUUUUGGUUUACUAGUUAGGGCUAGGUUUUUUGCAUGUGUGAACUAUUAGUGGAGAGCAUGUAUUCUGGGCUAGUAACUAAUAUAAAAAUUCGUUAUUACAAGUUUCCUUAUAACUUUCAUGCUGUAGAUAUAAUUUUAUAUCUUAUAUGAUCUUCCGAAUUUGUUGGACAGUCUUUCUUGGAAACGACCCUAAGAUUUUGUUUAAAAUGAGUGUUGUUAAAGUAAAUCCAAAGCUAUUUGGUACUUGCCGUUUAUGUUUGGAAGAUUUGGGGCAAUAUUUAAUAGUGCCGAAGGUUCAAGAGCAAAUCAAAUAUUGCUUUGAUAUUAAUGUGGAACCGUUUGAUGGAUUACCACAAUUGUUGUGCAAUGCAUGUGAAGACACUCUAAAUAAAUUUUUUGAAACAAAGAAAAAAAUUGUUAAUAAACAGAAUGAUUUGAUAAACAAGAUCGAAUUGAAAAAUACAGAAACACAACAUUCACAAGAAACGGAUUUACCUCGGCUAACCGAUAGUACAAGUGAACCGUCUAAACCGACAGUGGCUAAGUGUAAACAAAUAGUGUUAUCAUUUUCUUGUAGUAGACUAGACCAACCAUCACAAUGCACACCUGCUCAAAACAAAAAUCAUACAAAGAAAUCUGUGUCAUGGUUAUCACAUUACAAAAAAUCAUUUGCGUGCAGACUAUGUAAUUAUUGCAGCCUCAAAAAACAUAAUAUGCUUAAGCAUACACGCAAUUGUCACAAGACUUUAAGAGCGAAACAUGAACACAUUCUAAAGAACAAUUGCAAAAUAAAACUCGAUAAGUUAGACAAAAUACCGAACAUUACUGGCUUGAAUGAUAUUGUUGUAAUAUCUACUGAAAAAAUUGUGCAAGAUAUUGAUAAAAGCUACUUUAUAAUUUAUACCCCAAAGGUCGUUAACAGAUUGGUAGAAAAACAUAAUAAGUCUGAUAUUUCAGAUGAUGAAUGUAAGGUAAAAAAGAAGCGAAAGAUUUCAAAUGACUCAUUAGAAUCUAAAAUUGAAGAUCAACAAGAUUCUGUAACUACAAAGGAUUUAGAAAAAGACAGUAUUAACGGAGAUUGUAUAAAAAUUGAUGAUUCUUCUGAUAAUGCAUCAGAGAAAAAUUGCAAUAGUGGACAAGAAAAAUCUAAUUUCAAUGACGCAGUUACUUUGCAAAAAACAAUACAAACAUGUACAGCAGAAGAUCAUAAAUUUAAAAUACAAAAUAUUAUAUCCAUGUGCCACAAUAAAUAUAAAAAGAAUAUUGAUCUUCACAAAAUGCACAGGACCCAACAAAAUAAUCCAGAAAUUUCAAAGUCACAGCUUAAACAUAAAGUUCUAAGUAUAGGCAGAAAAAUUAUCAAUAAACAAGGUUUUAACUGCACUGGUUUGUUAAGAUACAUGGAACACCGGAAUUUAGAAAUUGUGUGGACACCAAAUACGUCAAAUUUUAAUUCAGACACAAAUUAUGUAAGAAUUAUGACAAAGUUAAGAGGAAAUGUGGUCGACGAGGACGACUUAGGUUGGAAAAUGAUUCCAGUAAAUCAAGUAUUGCCUACAAUUUCUAGGGAGUCCGCUAUGCCCAAAAUAUCCCAAGUAUUUUAUAGUGAUAAAGGUGCAAAUUGGAAAGUAGAUACUAAAAGUAAACUUCUUAAUAAAAAUCCUGUGGCUAACCCAAAACAAUUGCCUCGGAAAACUUUAGCAAAUGAAAAACACAAUGAGUCAGUACCACCUAAUUUAAAUCAAACUUGUCUAAAUGAUACACAGCAUACUAUAUCCAACUCAAUAGAGUCAUCAGGCAAUGAAUCUAGUAUGCCUGAUAUUAGUGCUAGAUCAGUAGCUACACAGGAAACUUUCGUAAACCAACAAAAUAAAAAUGCCGAAAAUAAAAAGAAUGAUGUACUGCCAUCACAAAAUAAUACAGAUAAUGACACUGAAUUGACUACUGGUAGAAUAAAAGUAAAGCCACUAGCUGAACUAUUGUCUAAAGAAGGUUUGAUGAACAGAUUUAUUGUUGAAAAUCCUACUGUUUCUAACUCUGCAAGCGAUAAUAAACAAUCUAAGAUGAUUACAUGCUUGGUGCAGACAAAUGACAUUCAAGCAAGGCACUUAGUCCCUCCACCGAGUUAUUUGACUGCAUUAAAUCAUAUUAAUUUAGCAAGUGCGAGUCAUAUGAACCUUAUAAGACCGAUUAUCCAACCCAGUCAGGUAUUACAAACAAUUGACAAUACCCAAAUAAGUUAUCCAGUUCCGGCAAUUAUUCAACCAAUUCAGCCAAGCCAAGCCACAUCAACAAAUGAGAUAAACCAAAACGUGCCAUCCAAUCAAAAAAUUCAAUUGAACCCGAUGCCUCAAGUAAGCGCAAUGGAAAGAAAUAACAUGUCAACUGGAAAAGCAACAUAUUUUGCACCUUCAACGCGAACUGAAUUUGUGAUAAUGGAUACUGUAGAAUUACCCUCUGUAAAGACAAACUCACCAAUUCAAUAUUUAGAAAAAUUACUUCAAUCACACAACAUCUGUUUGUUAGAUCAAACAAACAAAGAUUCGUCACAUUACUUUGUUUGUCUCAUUAGAUUCAAAGUUCUGUAUAAACAGGACACAACCGAGGACCCAAUUCUUUUGUCUUUAUCAUUAUUUUGUCAUAAAAACAAAUUUUGUAUAAAAGUAAAAAACAUGAACCAAGAAAAUAUUGAUAUAUCUAAUAUCUCUGCAAGCUGGCAAUGGGAAAUAAUUAAAGUGUUUAAAGGGGAGGUUGCUAACAAAAUGUUGCAAAACGCCCAAAAUGUCAAUCAAGAGACGUAUGAAUACGCAAACAGAUUUGUGACGUUACUGAAGAGUAUUAACUAUAUAAAAGUAUGAUUUUUGAUAACCAAAGCUGCGGCGAAACUUUGUACGACUAAAAUUAUGUACAAGCAGAGUUGCUAUUAUUCUUAUAAGAGGUUAAAUAUUGGCAAAACUCGAGAGGCGUAAAGUUCGAUAUGUGUAACUUCAGACAGGCCAUGAAAUUGUUUCUACCACUGAUAUAUCGGUGUAGCAUAUUGCUACAGAUAUGGUUUGGAUUAGUUUUUUAGGAUCGAUCGCCUGCUUAAACCCUAAAAUCGGGAUAAAUCACUGUUGGCCCAACUUAAGAAAUACAAUAUUACCCAGGUUCUUACGGCAUAAAUAGUAAAUUCCAACAGGUUGAUUGGAUUAGAGAAUUAAAUUGUAAGAAGAAGAAGUAAAAGGAUUAUGAAAUGUUAUAAGUUUAAUUAGAUUUAUAACGUUGCGAAUGACGACUAAGUAUGAGAUACUAUAGUUAGUUAUUGUUAGUUUUGCUGUAUACCUACAGAAAUUUACCUACUACUAAUGCUUAAGUAUUGCUAUGAUUUGUAUAUAAAAUGUUAUGUGUUUACUGCGGUAAAACGCGAUGAUUAUAAAUCACAGGGUAAAGAAAUUAAAUUUUCAUUGAGUACUGUAAUAUAAUAGAGAACACAAUAUAUUGACGUGAUUUA